AUGGACUCCGAAUCCGAGCGUGCUGCAAAAGUAGAUCCAUUGGACGAUAUCCUGCCGCACUGGGAGCGGAGCAUGACCCUGACCCCCAAAGAUGCCUUGGAGCGAGUCAACUCCAACCCCGAACCGGACUACCCAAAGUUCGAGGAGAUGAUGGCGCACUGGGAGAGCUUCGUUGAGGACAACGCGCGACCCGAGGUUCAUCUCUACUGGAAGGAGGGCCUAGAGGAGGCCCGCAGGAGGUUCACGACAGGCCCAAGGCCGGCGAGUGAAAUCCAAAAGCUGGUCAAACGCGCAAUCGAUGGCAGGAAGAGUGACUUGCGCUCAAUCAAGUCUAGAGUCCAAACGGCUUCCCACGUCAAUCCUAUCCUAGAAGAGGAGGUGUGCCAGAUUCUUCCCAUCAAGCUGGCCAGACUGAUGGGUAUGGGCCCCCCCAACGACAGCGAGUUUUCGGCAUCGAACCCCCGACCUGAGCAACUCUGGGAGGGCUACUAUUCGCCUAAGCUUCGUCGGCAAAGUCCUGAUUCUAGAACCCGGAUACUGAUCGCCCAUCUUCUCGCCAGUGUGCGCGAUAUGCACGUGGAGGAAUUGGCCUCUUUCGACGACAUGAAGGCGACCGCCAUGAUCUGGUAUCAAGAGUUGGAGAUAGCAUUGACUGGAGGCCGUUACACCGACUGGAUGAGGACAUGGGAGGAGGAUUUCCCGGAGGUGGCAGCUCCACUUCCCCAAAGAUCAGUUGCACGCACGAUGGGAAUGGCUGUGGUAACAAGGAGAGGAGAGUGGAGAGAACCGGAGUCUCGGGAGGUAGAGGAUUGGGAAGCUGAUGGGGGGGAGAUUAGACAAGAGACAUCUAUCACAUAUGACGUCCUUGACUUGAUAUCAGAGCAGAUAUCUGGAAGAAUGGAGACGUCCCCAAUGGACGUGGAGGACGAGAUGGACAUGGAUUAA